UCAAGUAGACCGACAGCAGUCCAAAUUUGUCUUCGCUCUGCUGCCAGAUCUAUAGUUUUACCUAAAUUUUACACGAUUCCAAUUAUAAGUAAUGGCAGAUGACUCUGAUGAAGAUGAUUUGGUCACAUACGGUACUUCGCUUGAGCCGAUCGACGACGACGCAGCUCGACGCAAACCAGUCCUCCUUGAAGAUCAGGUGGUUACGGACAAGCAAGGACGUCGUAGAUUCCAUGGCGCUUUCACAGGUGGCUUUUCAGCCGGCUACUUCAACUCAGUCGGUUCCAAGAAAGGAUGGGAACCAUCUACCUUCACAUCGUCCAGGGGUCAGAAGUCAGGAGCAUCUAAUCAGAGAGCAGAAGACUUUAUGGAUGAUGAGGACUUGGGUGAUUUUGGAAUUGCUCCACGAAAGAUUGUGACUACGGGUAAGUUCACCAAUGAGGAGACGCGACGGAAACGUCCAGCGCAGGUUGUCGGCCCUAGCGUUAUACCCGGGGAAUCUCCAUUACAAGAUUUGAUUGUUCCAAGCAAUGAUUCCAUGGGGGCUAGGCUCUUGCGUAAGAUGGGAUGGAGACACGGUCAAGGCAUAGGGGCAAAGGUCAGGAGAAGGAAGAAGAAAAGCGCCCUCAUUGGAGCACCAGAAAGUGAUGGCAGUGGUGGAGAGGAAAGCAACUUCUAUCAGGGGUUCCUCUUUGCUCCUGCUGAUGUAGAUGAGAUCGCUAUGAUGCCCAAAGAUGACCACCACGGCAUCGGGUACAGGGGUUUAGACCCGACACUGGCUGGUAUGGGGCGUCAUGUUUCGCUGUUCGAGGAACCUGUGAACAGUCGCGGUGGAAAGCGUGGCAUCUCAGGACAGGCUUUUGGCAUCGGAGCUUUCGAAGCAGCUGAUGAUGAGAUUUAUUCCUCGGGUAAUUUGGCCAACUACGACCGCGUUCUUGGAGGGGAGGAGCCGGGGAAAAGCAAGUAUGGCUGGACAGCGCCCUCUGACAGGCAAAAAGGAAGUCCUGGAGUGCUGGAAAACUUCAAAGCCUCCGGAGAAAGGAGAAGUGCAAAUACGGUGUACCCUCCUCCUGUUCUUCCAAAAGAUUUCCGUCCCUUCCACAUCAUGAAGGCAUCCUCCAAGGAGAACCAACCGCCGACUACAGACUAUCAAAGCCGGUUCAAGCUGAGUGCAACGCAGAGGGGCGCGAUGCUCGGCGAAGAGGAGCUUCCCGGACCAUCGUCUGUGUUUGACUUCCUGUCGCCUGAAGAUCAGCAAAAGUUAAAAAGUAGCGUCCCUACCCAAGUACCCACUCAAGAGGAAGGUAAACCUUCCAGUUUACGGCAAAGAGGGUUUAGCCAGACACCUCCGUCUGCUGCCACUAUUGUCCCUACUGCGAGUAACCCCCAACAUAGCUGGGCAGUAGGAGCUGCCUUCAAACCCUUUGCCAGUAACCCAGCAAAACAAGAGAGGUACGACAAAUUCCUUGCCAAGAAGAGAGAUGGAACAGUUUCGGACAAGGGAGAUGAAGGUCUGACGGAGUGGGAACGACAGAAAGAAACGGAGGAGUUUAACCGAGCUGCUUCUCUCUAUCGUCCACUGAGUGGUCUCAUGGCAACCAGAUUCGUCACCGCCAAGAACGACGACAAUGAUGACAAAGUGGAUGUACAGGCUGAGGAAGGGGGAGAUAAAUCUGAGCAGGCCAAAGCAGCAGAGAUGAAGAUGUUUGGUAAACUGACUCGAGACUCCAUGGAGUGGCAUCCAGACAGCCUCCUCAGUAAACGCUUCAAUAUCCCUCACCCGUACCCAGGCUCCACCACUGUCGGUUUAACUAAGGUGAAGAAAGACAAGUUUUCCAUCUUCAAUUUCCUCACUGUUGCGACGCCAAGUGCAGAACAACCUCCACCCCAAGCAGCCCCUGACAAGAACAAGGAAAGAGUAGGGUCACUCGACAGGGAAAAUCCCCUGGACGAGAAGGGGUCCCGUUGGGAUAAGAGAUCUUCCCUUCUUGCAAAUGUGGGAGUGUCUGAAGGUGGAGAUGUUUCAAUCAACCCAAAGGCCUCGAAAGGUUCAGAGGAGCAGAGUAAGACGCUGUCCACUCUUCAGCCCCUUGACGAUCCAGACAGUGAAAACCGACCUCCAAUGGACUUAUUCAAAGCCAUCUUUGCAAGUUCAAGUGAAGAGGAAGAAAGUAACGAUGAGGAUGAGGAUGAAGAGGAAGGGGUUGCCAAGGAACGGCAAGGUCAAAUGUCAAAUGAUGAAACAAACGGCACAACAUCAAAACCCACUGCAUUGUCAACGGCGAACCAACACCUUGCCCAUGUAAUUUCAACAGCCACAAGCUCCCUUCAUGCUGCCGGGAAAAGACAGCCUGAAGUCUUACACUCCACUGCAAACUCUGGUUCAGAAUCAGACGGGUACUACGGUCCUCAACUUCCCCCUCCCUCGUCCGACCCGACACAAUGGGUCAGUGAUGAGGUCAGAGGUCACCGGGAACCAGCAGGUUUAAAGAAGGACACGAAUGGGGUGCGUGUUAAAGCCAAGACACACCAUAAAGAAAAGCGUAGGAAAAAACAUGACAGGCAGAGUACGGGCAAACACAAACGAAGCAAAGAUAAAAAGCACAAGUCGAAGAAGAAAAAGAAAACCAAAGACACUAAAGUGAGGCACAAAGGUCAUCACAGGUCACCAUCAAGGUCAAAGUCAGGUCAUAAAGGUCAUAGGAGACAGCCAGCAUUAGAGAAAGACUACGAUGCAAGCGGAGACAGCACAAGCAGCAGUGAUUCCAGCUGAUAAAGACUUAAACCAAUGCAGCCACAAAUCUUAUGAGGCAAAACAGUAUGGUACUUGUUUGAUAUAAAAUGAGAAUCGGCACACAUCAAUGCUUAUGGAAACUUGACAAAGAUGGCGGGAGUAUGAAGCCCGGUUCAUACUUCCUGCGAAUGUUGCCGUCACAAAAUUCGCAACGAAUUUCGCAGCAGUUCA